AUGAACAGCAUUAAUAAACAGUUAGUAAAGGACAUAUAUCAAAUAGGCUUAGAACAUAAGGAAGCAAUAAGUAUUGAUAGUUUAGAAGAAAUAUAUGAAAAGAAAAAAAAAGGAAAAUUAAAAAGAAACGAAAUUGUUUAUGCUCUUAAUAUUCUUGAAAAUGCUCGUGCAUGUUCUAUAAAAAAUGAAAACAAUACAAUUAUAACUCGUAUGAGAAAUGAACAAGUAACUAAAAAAUUAAAAGAAUUAAGUGAUAUAGAUUUUCUUAUAUUCACAAAAGUUGAAAACAGUCAAAACAAUGGAAUAUGGACAGCUGAUUUGAGAAAGCAAACUAAAUUAUUGAUACAUCAAGUUCAGAAGGGGGUGAAAUUAUUAUGUGAGAAUAAAUUAAUAAAACAGGUCAAUAAUAUACAUGUGAAAAAUCGAAAAAUGUAUAUCUUAUACGAUUUAGAAGCCUCAGAAAAGGUUAUCGGUGGGUCUUUUUAUACUGAUGGUGAAUUCAACAAAAAAGUUGUUGAUUAUAUAAGAGAAAAUAUUUGUUUUUAUUUAUAUAACAAUAAUAAUUCUAGUGUACCUUCUGUUAUAAAUUAUAUAAAAAAAUUAAAUAAUAGCGUUGAUUAUUUUUCUGAAAAUGAUAUCUAUAGAGUUAUAAAAACAUUGUCAUAUGAAGAAAGAAUUAAUAUUUAUAAAAGUAAUAAUGACGAAGAAAUGAUUUAUUAUUAUAAUAAUGAAAAGAAAAAUUUUCUUUAUAACUUCCCAUGCUUUUCUUGUAAUCUGUUUAAUAAAUGUAAUUCUGAUAUUAAUACAACAAUAAAUCCUAGAAGUUGUAUGUAUUUAAAUUUUUAUUUAAACUUGGAGAAUGAAUAG